AUGGACGCCCUGGUGGAGGGUAUUGUUGUGAAUGUUGCUAUGGAUACGGUGGUCUAUUUUGGGCAGGUUGAUAUUGUGGCUAAGGUGGAGGAUAAGGCCACAAGUUGGAAGCUUAAGGAGGCUAUUAAGCUUUUUUAUAUAGGCAGUGAAGGCGGCACUGUAGUGGGAGGAUCGUCUUCUCAAUUUCUGCCUACAGAAAAUAUUGAAGCUUUGGCCGAACAGACUGCUCGAAUGAUUCGACUCAGUGAAGCCGAAAGGAAUUUGGCACCGAUUGUUGGAGAUGAAGUACGCCCUCCUUUACCUGUUAUCAGGGAAGCCCUUUAUGAUGAUGCCUUAAUGUACGGGGCAUCAAGAAUGAGAAAUCAAUCCUCUAAAUCAAACUCAUUAAUUGCUUUCCGUAAUUUUGAUGAAGAAAUGAAACGCCCUGCGAUUUGGGAAUUAGAGCAAGGUGUUGCAUCAACAGCAGAUAAUGCUCGGGAUAAUCUGGCCUCCUUAUAUCGACCUCCCUUUCAUAUAAUGUUUCAGGGAUCAUUUGAAAAGGGAAAGGGAACUGCCUCUUCUCAGGACAAAUGGCUCUUGGUAAACUUGCAGUCUACUAAGGAGUUCAGCUCACAUAUGCUUAAUCGAGAUACAUGGGCUAAUGAAGCUGUCUCUCAAACGAUCAGUACAAACUUUGUCUUUUGGCAGAUUGCUGGACAUGUAGAAUCAGCAAAUGAGGAUAUAUGGAGGUAUGUUGGGAAGCUAACAGAUGCUCAGAAAAGCAUGCUGGAUGAUAGGUUUAAAUGGAAGGUUAGUAUAAAUUUGAGCUUAGAAUUUAAAGUAAGGUAA